GUGGCAAGACGUCUCAAAUUGGUACCGGUGUGUGAUUGUGCUUGUGAGUGAUAUAUGAAGGAAUUUAUUUUUAUUCGACUGUAUCAAUAAAAUGAGGUGCUAAACAUGGAUUCGCCAUCAUCUCAAGACAACGACAUCGAAGUCAACGUGGUAUCGGGUGCUAGUAGCCCAGAUAUACCCUCAUCGCCCUCCAGAAAAGAUCAGAAGUCUCCAUUUUACGACCUGAAGAAGGAUGAAAAGGCCACAGGCAGCGCGCCGUAUACAAGUUUCUCAAUAAGUUCAAUAUUAAAUAGAGCUGAACCGAGAAGAGACUCAAAUGUAUUGGAGGCAGCGAUCGCUGCUAAUCAUUUUGGAAACGCGAAUGAUGCAAUGCUGUCUAGAUUGGGUCUUAUAUCUCAAUGGAGUGCGCUAGCUGGCAGGUACGGUGGACUUGUCCCAGCUCCUUGGUACUGGCAGAGGCCCCACGAACGAACGCCACCUAGAGAAGACUCAACAACGAAUGAGGAUGGAUCUGCCGGGGGAUCCCCUCGAUCUCGCAGUCCACCUAGAGCACCUUCUCCUCCAUCACCAUCCCAUUCUUCACCUCGCUCCCCACGACUUCACCCCGCAUUAUACCAGCAACAACCAGAUCCCCAAGACUCAGACCCCGACAUAGACGAGAGCGACGACUUCGACAAAGAUGAAAAACGAGAUCCAAACACAAAUCUCGGAAAACGGAAGAAAAAAACUCGCACCGUCUUCUCACGAUCGCAGGUGUUCCAACUCGAAUCGACUUUCGACAUGAAAAGGUACUUAAGUAGUUCAGAACGCGCUGGCUUAGCAGCGAGCCUGCAUCUAACAGAGACACAGGUGAAGAUCUGGUUCCAAAACCGCCGGAACAAAUGGAAAAGACAGCUAGCCGCGGAAUUAGAGGCUGCUAAUAUGGCGCACGCCGCGCAGAGAUUAGUACGUGUGCCAAUUUUGUAUCACGAAUCGAGGCCAGCGACAAUGCCGCAUACCCCCAUGCCAUUGCACCCUCAAUUCUCGAGUGAAUCUGGGGUAUAUUUCCCACCUCAGGCCCCGCAACAGAUGCAGCCAUUACCGGUGUCUCCAGUUACUUCGAGAGCGCCGUUAUCCAGUUUAGUGUAGUGUCCGCUUGACGCCGCAAGGGACGCGGCGAAUGGACAGUACUAACUAGUCAUAUUAUGUGUUGUGAGUGUUGAAGUUAGGUUAGUUGUGUUAUACGGGCAAUAUUGCAGUUCGCGAGUUGGCAACUCUGUUGUGGCAAUUAAAGCUAAUUGUUUCAAUACGGAACCCACUUUGUAGGCAAACAAUGUAGGAACAUAAAGACAUUAUUGAGUUAUUUUAUAUACAGCGUGCUUAUAUAGCAAGGUCAGUAAAUAGUUAAUUUUAAUAAACACGAUUUCUAUUGUCUCUCGUUGAAGAAUUCACACGAACAGUCGCAGCAAGCUUUGGACCAACUUGCCCGUACAACACAAAGAGAUAUAACGUACAAAAUCGUUGUCAUUGCACAUUUGUAUUAUAUGUAUAUAGUUUUAAAUCGCUAGCCAAUUGUAUAUAGUUGCAAGACGACUGUGCUUUUUGUGUAAGAUAUUUAAAUAUAUUUCUAAGUACUUGUUACGCUUUGCCAAAUAUUAAGUAGUCAUGUUUAUUGGUUUUCGUAAAUACUUUAAAUGAACACUUAAGGCUGUUAGAUAUCGUGUAAUUGUCAGAAUAUCAAUUAUUUUGACUUUAUUCUUUGGUGACUGUCAUAAUCAAUCAUUGUCAUUUUUAGCAAAUUGUAGUAAACAAAUUCGGGCUAUUCCGGAUGUCGAAAAUUACUAAAAAGUUAUCUUGUCCUUUUCUAUAAACUUGUCUUUAUGUUAGAUGAAAAGAGACAGAUGUGUACUAAACAGUGCAAUUAAACUGUUCCAACUUCGAAUAUGGAAGAAAGGGAUAAAGUUUAUAUCUAUAAUGUU